AUGAAAGAACAAAUGACCGGGUUUCCCAUGUUUGUACCAGACCCAGAACAAGCUGAAGACGUGCGGAUAUUGGGUUAUGAUCCGUUGGUGUCGCCUGCGUUGCUCCAAGCUCAAAUUCCGGCUACGAAGGAGUGUUUUGAAACUACUCAGAGGGGUCGGAGAGAGGCCAUCAAGAUUGUUACUGGUAAAGAUGAUAGGAUACUCGCGGUGGUGGGUCCUUGUUCGAUCCACGAUUUGGAUGCAGCACAGGAUUAUGCUAGUAGAUUGAAGAAGUUGUCUGAUGAGCUUAAGGAAGAUUUAUGUAUUAUAAUGAGGGCAUAUCUAGAGAAGCCACGGACUACUAUUGGCUGGAAGGGUUUGAUUAACGAUCCUGAUAUGAACAAUACAUUCAACAUCAACAAGGGUUUGCAUGCAGCAAGGCAGUUGUUUGUGAACUUGACUUCUAUUGGUAUUCCUAUUGGGUCAGAAAUGUUGGAUACCAUUUCACCACAGUACCUCACGGACUUGCUUUCUUUUGGAGCCAUUGGUGCCAGGACUACUGAGUCGCAAUUGCACCGAGAACUAGCCUCUGGUCUAUCAUUCCCUAUUGGAUUUAAAAACGGAACAGACGGGUCCUUGGACGUUGCGUUGGAUGCGGUCAGAGCUGCUUCUCAUUCACAUCACUUCAUGGGGGUGACGAAACAUGGUUUGGCUGCAAUCACAACAACCAAGGGCAACGAACAUUGUUUUGUUGUAUUAAGAGGCGGCAAACGGGGUACCAACUAUGAUGCGAAGUCAGUAGCUGAGGCAAAGUCGCAACUCCCUCCAGGUGGCUUUUUGAUGAUCGACUAUUCUCACGGUAACUCUAACAAAGACUUCAGGAACCAACCUAAAGUUAACGAUACUGUUGCAGAACAAAUCGCCAAAGGUGAAGACAAAAUAGUAGGUGUCAUGAUUGAGUCGAAUAUUAACGAGGGUAAUCAGUCCAUCCCACCAGAGGGCAAAAAAGGCUUAAAAUACGGCGUUUCCAUAACCGAUGGAUGUAUAUCUUGGGAGACUACAGAAGACGUGUUACGUAAACUAGCUGCUGCGGUAAGACUGAGAAGAGAACUUAAAAAAAGUCAUGAUCUUGUGAUAUCUUCCUAA